ACCCAGGCGUUUCGCGUGGAUUCCGGUACCGCCAGGACCGCCCUCCGGUGCGCCGCCCUGGCCGCGCGGCACCCUGAUCCGGAUCACCUGGUGACUGUCACUCUUACAAUCUUCUAUUGUCGCCACCAUGUUUGCGAGGUACUUUUUCCACCGCCGGGAUGCUGCCCCUCCGCCGUGCCAAUCAUUAUGAACAAGAAAAAGAUCAAUAAGGGACGCCUCUCUGCCGCUGCCGUCGAGCGCCUGCGCCACAUUCUGACGCCGGAAUCACAGCUACUCAUGGCUUCCACACGGCUACCUCCUGACAUACACCAUCUCCUGGCUAGGCCGCUGCUUGAAAGACCCCGCUUCAUCGGUAUCCGCUCAUUAAGCUCGCGGCUGGCUUCAUUAACCUACUCCCUCAGUCGAUCGCUCCUCAACAGAAUCCACUGCUUCUACCUGGAGGUUCUGACCCUGCUGCCGCCGGAAAUGCUGCGUAGCCACUACCACCGCAGCCUCGUCAUCGCCGGGCACUGCUACGGUCCCCUUGACCCUGUCUCCAACAUAAUCCUCAACACGGUCUGGCUGGAAGCCACCUUCCCUGUUCCCAAGGAGCGGCAGUUCGAACUGCCCAUGAUCAGCUCAUCGGCCCUGCUCCGCCUCGCGCACCGCUCCGUCGAAGGCAUGGUCGCUUUCCUCCGCGCUUUCGCCGGUGGUGACCUCUCCGACCUCGACGCCUACCGGUUCCUUCUCCACGCCGAUGCCAACCUCGGCGUAGCAACACAAGCACUGAAGCAAGCACGGGCAGAAUGUGAUGAAGUGGACAAUCCAUCAAGACGCAAUCUUUGUGGCGUUUUCUUCUGGGGAAAAAGAAUAGAACCCGAGAAGGGUUAUCCAACUGUCCCGCUGUCCGACCUCUACCAAGCUGCAGUCAUCGCAGCAAUGCACCCAAGGCCUGACAUGCUGCGAGAAUUCCUCGCGUCCGGCCGCGUGCACGCCAUGCUGCCUGCCUACUCCGGCAGAUCACUCUCCCGUGAGGACGUUCGCUCGCUCAUCGUUUCACUAUCAGAGACCAAGCCCUCCUCCCAGGAUGACGGCUUGCCAUUGCUGCCAGCUAAAUAUCAACGGCUGCCCCAGAUGGCGCGAGACAGUUUUAUCUUAAACCAGGAGAUAUUUCAGAGAGAGCUUACACUCUUCUCCAGAAUGGUUAAAGCUGCUUUGAAGGAAUACACGAAACAUAAUGGGGGUACUGAGUAUGAGCUUGUUUUUAUUUGCGGAGGAAAUGAGAAUGUGGCUGAUUGGGAUGGACUGCCUCGGUCCAUUUUUAAGUACCACUACUGUCAUGUGAACUUCCUGGGAAGGCCCAGAGGUUCUAAUGUGGCGCCAACACUUUUCUUCGCGGAGUGCGUCAAAUAUGACGGGAACAAUGAUAUAGAUCGGAAAACUACAUGUUGUACCAUCGUUGUGCCACCUAAACAUGUUGCUGAGGAACUCAGGUGCUAUUACUGUGAGUUUGAAGGGACUAGUAUUGUGCAUCCAUCUCAAAGGAAUUACCAUGGAUGUAGAACGGACCUGGAGAAGAUGGUUCUUGGAAAAAAUGUAUACAAGACUGACAAAAUUGUCUACAAUGCUAAAACCUUAACUGGUUUCAUGGGCUUACUUCCGGUGGAUUAUGUCUAUUUUGACCCUGAGUAUAGCAGCAAAGGGUUGUUGCGAGUGAUCAGUAGCAAUGCUGAUAUUUAA